AUGUCCCAUUCAUUAUGUGCAAUGAAACGCACUAUUGCGGCAUCCUCUAAUAGCGCUCCAAUACCCUCCAGAAGCUCAGAGAGCGCUAGAGACUGCAGGAAACGUAAAGCUCUUAGGAUACAAUAUUUAGCUGAAAGUGUUCGUCAAAGAGAGAUGACAGUUCUUAAAAUGGUCCAAGAUAUUAAUAAGCUCAUGGAAGCGUGUCGAAUGGUUGACGCCGGCGAAUACCCCCAAAGCGUUAUCAACGACUUGGGAAUUUCUCUUGAACUCUGUAUGUUAUAA